AGCUUUUGGAUUCCGCUUGAAGCUUCUUAUCGCGCGCGAGCGGAGUCGAUGUGCCAUGGGCAACGCGGAGUCUGGCCCGAUUGUGCGGAAUGCGGACAAGAGGACGUCGCGUCGAGAGCACCGGGCGAUCUUCGAGGCGGCGGCCCAGCGCUUCCGCUUGGCGCCCUUCGAGGCCCCGGAGCGCUUCACGGCCGCGCAGAGCCGCGGGGUGCGCGUCUGCGUCCGCAAGCGGCCGAUUUUCAGUCAUGAGCUCGAGCAAGGCGAGUUCGAUGCGGUGACAUGCCUCGAGCCGGGCCGCAUUGUGGUGCACGAUGCACGCAUGCACCCAGACAUGGUCAAGCUGUUCAUGAACCACCACGACUUCGGCUUUGACGAGGCCUUCGGCGAGCAGAUGGGCAACUUCGAGGUCUACCAGGGCACGGCGCGCCAGAUCGUGCAGAACGCCUUGGAGGGCAAAAGCGGCACGGUGAUGAUGUAUGGGCAAACCGGCAGCGGCAAGACCUAUACCAUGCGCUCCAUCUAUGAGCAGGCGGCGGAUGAGAUUUUUCAGAGCCCCCGCAGUGUCACGGUCAGCUUCAUCGAGCUUUUCGGGGAGAGCUGCUUCGACAUGUUGAACCAGGGGGUGCCCUGCCAGCUGACCACCGCGCAGGAUGGCUCCGUGCACCCCUUCCCCUGCGUGGAAGUCGAGGUGCAGACCCCAUCGGAGCUCCUGGCGUUGAUCGACUUGGCAGGCAGGUUGCGCGCCACCGCUGCCACUGGGGUGCACGACCAGUCCUCGCGGUCCCACGCGUUGUGCCGCGUCUUCGUGGACUCCGAUGGGGAGGAAGGCUCCCUGACGCUGGUGGACCUGGCAGGCUCCGAGCACCGCAUCGACAAUGCGGAGCACAACGCUGAGAGAAGGAAGGAGGGCGCCAAGAUUAACGCCUCCCUGGCGGCGCUUAAGGAGUGCAUCCGGGCGCGGGCCAGCGGCGCCAAGUUCAUCGCCUUCCGGCAGAACCGGCUCACGCAGCUGCUGCGGGGCUGCUUCCUGCCAGGUGGCCACCAUGAGACUGUGGUGGUGGCAACGGUCUCUCCCAGUAGCAAGGACACGGAGCACUCACUCAACACGCUGCGGCAUGCUUGCAUCAUGGAUGGCCAAGGGCAGGGGAAGCAGGAGAAGGGCUCCCACCUGGGCGGCGGGGCGGUGACCAAGGAGACCUUGGGGGAGAUCGACGUCACCAAGAUUGCGCGUGAGCGGCGGCAGAAGCAGAAAGAGGCUCCAGAGCCCACCGCGGAGUGGGGGAAGCCCCCGUCGAAGCCCGCGCACCAGAGCAAGGAGAGCAACACGUCCCGGCGCGCGGCGCUGGACCGGAAGUACGUGCGGCUCCUGGAGCCCUCGGUGGCCCAACGUCUCCAGGACGCGCGAGAGGCGUGGGGUACCGCCAAGCAGCGCAUGCGCUUGGCACGGCCACCGGCGGUGGAAGAAAGCCAGGAGCCAGAGGCCAAGCCAGAGCCGCGGGCGCCGGCGCCGGAGCCGGCGGCACCGGUGCCGGCGCCGGCGAACGCCGCGCGCGCGGAGGCCCGCGAGGUCAUCUUUCACUCCGUUUUUCAGCAGGCGCCUGUGGAGCCACAGGAUCCUGACAAAGAUCGAGCUAUUGAGCUCUUCAGGACUUUUCUGUCGCAGGGCCGCGAGGGCCAAAACUGGCGCAAGAACGACCUCCGCUUGAUCAAUCUCUUCGUGGUGCCCUGGCUCUUCGGGGAGGCGCGCAUUGAUUGGAACCACCCAGUGCUGGCGCUGGAUGAAUUGGAGCAGCUGGUGAAGGAGUCCCCCGAGAGGUUGAAGCUGCUGGGCAACGCAAAGCCGAGUGCCCAGUCUCCAAAGCCGGCGCCGCCGGCGCCGCCGGCGCCUGCGCCGGCCUCGGCGCGCCCGCCGCUGCCGGGAAGGCUGCGGAGUCCGGAGACGCCGAACGGCGCAGGCACCUCUUGGAGCACGCCCAGCAACGACCAGCCGCCCCUCCGCCGCGCCGGCACCGGGGACGUGCGCCGCAAGCCGGCGGAGGAAAGCCCGACGAGCCGCAAUGCACGCAGCGCGUCCCCGGCGUCGAGACCGCCUGCAAGCCAUUCGGAGGUCAUCCGUGCCAGAAGAGAAGCCAUGGAGCAGGCACGGCAGGAGGCGCUACAGAAGGCGCUGGCGAAGAAGGCGGUGCCGCAGUCCCGCGAGGAGGAGAUCGCCAGCCUGGAGGCGCAGAUCUUGGGGGGCGGCGGCAGCUCCUACGCGGCCGCGGGCUUGAAGCGACGGCUCCAGUCCUUGAAGGCGACGAUGCUUCGGGAGGAGAAGCUGGCUGCGGCCAAAGCGGCCGCAGGCCAGCGGGUCGCAUCGCCGGUGCCAGUGGCGCCCCGCCCGCGGAGCGGCUCUUUGUCAAGGCCCUCUUCCGCCGGCGCGGGAUGAGCGCGAUGCGCGCGAAGCAGAGCCGCGGCUAUCGGCGAAAAACGACCCUCUGGCCCGGGUGAAAUGCAAAGUCAAAGCUUCGGAUUGGAAUUGGAGUGGUU